UCGGUAAGAGUCCAUGAACAGAACAUGUGGUCUACGUCCAUUUAACCUCCAUGUUCGAGCUCUCGAGUCACACCAAUCCACAUCUUUCUUAGUUCUCGUCCCGAGUCCCAACCCCAAGCUUACCAAACACUGAGAAGCUCAGGCCACCUCCGUCCAUGGCGACCGGGUUUUCCGUCGGUAGCUCCCGUUCGUUCCGUUUUGGCCGACACCCAUUUCUUGGGCCAAAACCCACAUCCACACUUGCCUCCACUUCGCUGCUAUUCUCCUCUCCCUCCGUUCAGCGUUUUGAUAAGAUCAUUGGGUCAAGAAGAAAGUUUAGCUUGAAUGUUUGUUUUGUUGUAGAUGACGAGAAAUUGAAUACAGAGAUUGAGACUCUCACAAAAGAGAGCGAAGAAGAAGAAGAGAUUGAAAGGCAAAUCUCAGCGUCUGAGAUUCGUGUGGCUGAGAGAUUGGCGAGGAAGAGAUCAGAGAGGUUUACUUAUUUAGUUGCUGCAGUCAUGUCUAGUUUUGGUAUUACUUCAAUGGCUGUUAUGUCUGUAUAUUAUAGAUUCUCUUGGCAAAUGGAGGGUGGAGAAAUUCCCUAUUCGGAGAUGUUUGGUACAUUUGCUCUCUCUGUUGGCGCUGCUGUGGGGAUGGAGUUUUGGGCGAGAUGGGCUCAUAGAGCGCUCUGGCAUGCUUCGCUGUGGCACAUGCACGAGUCGCACCAUAAACCUAGAGAAGGUCCUUUUGAGCUAAACGACGUGUUUGCCAUAAUUAACGCCGUUCCGGCCAUAGCCCUCCUCUCCUACGGUUUAUUCCAUAAAGGCCUCAUUCCUGGUCUCUGUUUCGGUGCUGGUCUUGGAAUAACGGUGUUUGGGAUGGCCUACAUGUUUGUUCACGACGGUCUUGUUCAUAGGAGAUUCCCGGUGGGUCCCAUAGCAAAUGUGCCUUAUUUCAGAAGAGUCGCUGCAGCUCACCAGCUCCACCAUUCAGACAAGUUCAAUGGAGUGCCAUAUGGGUUGUUCUUGGGACCUAAGGAAGUUGAAGAAGUGGGAGGGAAUGAAGAGUUGGAGAAGGAGGUCAAUCGGAGGAUUAAAUUGUCUAGUAGUUCAUCAUCAUCAACCUCAACCAGUUAGUGGGAUAAUACAUUGUGAAUUAUUUAGAUAAAAAAAUUAUUGUGACAAAUACAAAGAGCUUGAGCUUGAGCUUGAUUGAAGAAUGAUUAGCCUGGUGUACACCCCUUUUUUUUUUUUGUUCCCCCAACUGCCUGGUGUAGAUUGAGUACUCAGUUGUGUGUGUAAGAUUUGUAUAAUAAAAUAGAGCAUCCUUGUUUUUAUCAAAAUACCAUCUGCUCCAUAUUAUUUACAUUUGA